AUUUUAGUGAUAUAUGUAAUUGUUAUAAAUAUAUAGAUUCAAAAAUCAGCACAUUGAAAAAUAACAAAAAUUGAAAUAUAUACUUGUUUUUUCCUGGAAGAUAAAGUUUUCAGAUAAAAUUGUGUGGAAAUGAGUGGAAGGUGUAAAUACUUAGGUCAAUUAGUUAUUCAACAUGAUUGGCAAGAAGCUAUGAGAAAUAAUGAAAAAGCAUGGUUGUCUUCUGUCAUUGAAGGUCAACCUAGUAUUUAUGGUGAGCUUUCUCCAGUCAGUAAAGCAGGUGGCAGAGAACUGAAGACUACAGAUGGUUUUGAAGCAGAAUAUGUUGGCAAGAAUAUUAAAAUCAAAUUUCAUAACAUCUGCAGUAAUUUCCACCAUCCUUUAUCUACAUUUUCAAAUAUUCACACCAAAGCUGUUCGUUGUUUGGAUGUAUCGCCUGGAGGAGGAUUAGCAAUUUCAUGUGAUGAUGAUGGUUUGUUUAUUUGGCAAACUGACAAUGGGAAUAUACGUCGUUCCCUCAAUGGACAUGUCAGUGAUGUGACGCAAUGUCGUUUUUUUCCAUCAGGUGUAGUCGCACUUACUGGAGGUGUUGACAUGACAUUACGCAUCUGGUCUACUGAAGACGGUUCAUGUCCUGUAAUACUUACUGGACACAAAGGAGCCAUAACAUGCACAGAAAUUGUCGACAAAGGAAGAAACAUAAUAUCAUGUUCUCGAGAUGGGUCAGCAAUGCUUUGGGAUUGUGGAACUUCAUCUUGUUUGGGUACACUUAAAACUUGUGCUUCGGCUAUUAACUCUUGUUGCAUGAUACAAUACAAAAUGUCUGUCGAAAAUGAAACCUCAAAUCGAAGUGAAAGAGAGUGUGGUACGAACGGUAAAUUGCUUGUGAUUGGUCGAGAAGAUGGUGUUCUUGAUGCUGUCGAUGUUUUUAACAGAAAGACGAUUUUUUCAUACCAUUGUGAAAGUGCAGUGAACAGUUGCUGUUUUGUAGGAGACACGUCUCUUGCUGCAGGUUCAAACAACGGAUGCAUCAAUUUUUUUGAUCUUCGAAAUACAAAGUUGCCAUACAAAAUAAGAAAGUAUGGCAAAUCAUCUGUAAACUGCUUGAAAGAAUACCAUACAGAUAAUCUGCUUGUAGGGAGAGGAGAUGGAACCACGAGUUGUAUCUCAACGAAAGAAGACUGCGAGUCAGUAACUUACGAGUUAACUGGACCAGAUUGUGAUCCUAUAUAUAGCUUAUCAACACAUACUAACUGUGUAUACACCGCGUGUCGUGACAAAAGGAUACGAAAAUACAAACUCGAAUUUAACACGUGACAAUAACUUCGCAAAAAUACAAACUCACAAAACGUACGCCACUGCCAAUAAUUUUAAAGGAGUAUAAAUAUAACAAUAGCGUUCAUUUUGAAUGCAAUAUUUUUAUUUACCGCCCGCGGAGUGAAAUUUGUAAUUGAGAGUGGAGGGCUGAAGAUUUCACUCCAAGGGCGAAGUGAAUAAAAAUAUUGACCGAAAAAUUAAUUGUAUUACUAUUAUAACUUAUUUCAAUAUUUUUUAAAGCAA